CCUCUCCCCGGUCAUCCCAUGGUGUUCAGGUCCCCGCUAGAGCUUUAUCCCACCCAUUUCUUCUUGCCAAACUUCGCCGCCGACCCGCACCACCGCUCCCUCCUUCUCGCCAGCGGCGGCAGCGGCAGCGGCUCGGGCUGCAGCCCCGGUGCCGGCGGCGGUGGAGGCGGCAGCUCCCGGGCACCCCACGAAGAGUUGUCAAUGUUUCAGCUGCCCACACUCAACUUCUCCCCGGAGCAAGUGGCCAGCGUCUGCGAGACGCUGGAGGAGACUGGAGACAUAGAAAGGCUGGGGAGGUUCCUCUGGUCGCUGCCGGUGGCGCCGGGGGCAUGCGAGGCCAUCAACAAGCACGAGUCCAUCCUCCGCGCCCGGGCGGUGGUGGCCUUCCACACGGGCAACUUCCGAGACCUCUACCACAUCCUGGAGAACCACAAAUUCACCAAGGAGUCCCACGGCAAGUUGCAGGCCAUGUGGCUCGAAGCGCACUACCAGGAGGCCGAGAAGCUAAGGGGUCGCCCGCUGGGGCCGGUUGAUAAAUACAGGGUGAGGAAGAAGUUUCCGCUGCCCAGGACCAUUUGGGAUGGCGAGCAGAAGACGCACUGCUUCAAGGAGAGGACUCGCAGCCUCCUGAGGGAGUGGUACCUGCAGGACCCUUACCCCAACCCCAGCAAGAAAAGGGAACUGGCUCAGGCCACGGGGCUCACCCCAACGCAAGUAGGCAACUGGUUCAAAAACCGAAGGCAAAGAGACAGAGCGGCGGCGGCUAAAAACAGGCUCCAGCACCAGGCGAUAGGACAGAGCGGCAUGCGGUCGCUGGCAGAGCCCGGCUGCCCGACCCACAGCUCGGCCGAGUCUCCGUCCACGGCUGCCAGCCCGACCACCAGCGUCUCCAGCCUGACAGAAAGAGCCGAGACGGGCACCUCCAUCCUCUCGGUAACCUCCAGCGACUCGGAAUGUGAUGUAUGAUAUCGAAAAACAAACAAACAAACAAA